CGAGCGAGCGACCGAACCAUCUAGCGGCAGCAGCAGCAGCAGCAGCAGCAGCAGCAGCAGCAGCGGACGAGCGAGCGAGUGAGCGCGAGUGUGAGGCUGUGAGCGGCGCUGGGGAGCAGUAGUAACUCCAACAACUCCAACCAUUCGUCCGCGCGCCGUCGUCGUGGACACCGCGCUAGCAGCGUCCGCGCCUAUCGCGCCUAUAUACGACUCUACUGUUGUCCGCCGCCAGUGAGUGCUGCGGUAUCGUGUCUGUGUGAAAGUGUGUGAGAGAGAAACGAGUGUACGGAAGGAGAAUAAUCAAUCUGCUAACCGUCUAACGGCAAUUAACGAAGAGGAAAACAAAAGCUAGAGGAAUAUUUUAAGUGGUAUCACCAUUAUCAUCAACUAAUUAAUUAUUUAUUAUACUAAUUAUCGAAUUUGUUAAACUUGUCAUGACAACUGAAGCUGGACAACGACCUCGACGACGACGACCACGAUUACGACGGCUAGGCAAGAAGAACUAAAAAAGAAACGUUGUUUCUGGUGCUGGGGGUGCUGAUCCAGGCGGUGUCGCUGCUGUCCAGUGAAGUGCCAUAGCGCUGAUGCUGCCCGUGGCAGUAGUAAUAUAAUUUGAGUGGUCGGUCUGACAGGCCGGUCCAAUGCGCCAUUGAUGGCUACCCACUGGAAGAUGUUGGAAUCAGCAAUGGACUACAGUGGUAACUGGCCAGCUUAGUUAAGCACGUUCACUGCCGUUAGUCAGAUAGAGCGGCAGAUCAACUGAGUACGCAGGCAUCAGAAUCGCAGUCUGACCUCCUCUGUGGCCGGAUAACGACACUCGGCUGCCUGUAACAAUAUUAGUUCGUGGUUGCAGCGACUCUUGUCAUCGUCGUAGAACACGAGCGCAAGUCCUCGUCUCCACACCGAAGCAUUUCGUCGUAUAAGCCUUCGGCUUAUUCUGGCGGCUCGUAGCUGUUCGUCAGAUAGACGGCAAAUAACAGGAUAUGAAUAAGGGUCCAUGGCACGGAUAUAUUUUAAAUGUCAUCACUCUUACAUGUAAUACCCGCUAUUUCUAUCGCUGCUAUAGCCGCUUUUAUAAAUUAGUUAUGCUGACGACAUUUUGUUAAUAAUUAGAAAAAAAAAAAAAACGACAAAAAGCCGUUACUUUCCUAUUGCUGCGAUUAUUAUCACUCCUGCUAUAACCAGCUCAACCAGUUUAAUUCGCGUGAUCCAGUGAAGCAAAAAACUGAUGCCUGCUAAUUCGUUAUGUGCUCCCAUGAUUCACCGUCGUUACCGCUCUCCACGCCCGUUGCCUCUAUUAGCCAGAAUGAUUGAUAACUCAUUAAUACAAAGUUAACAAAAAAUAGAAAUUACCUGCCAGAAGAGAAAUUUCAAAGAAAAAAAAAUGCUAAACGUAUGCCGAGUGUCAUAUUGGCGUUGAUGAGCGUAUCCGUUGUCACUCUCAUCACGACCACUGCCACCAUCAUCAGCGUAAUCUGAUGUUCCUGUUGUUCCUCUCAGCUGAGAGAUCGGCGUAAUAGAAAACGUAGGAGACGCUUGGGACAUUUAUUCGACAGUGAAAAGUUCUAGCAGCCUUUAUUUCUGCCUGCCAAAAGGACGUCAAGGGAAAUUCAACACAAGCUAGCGACAAUCCUAUAAGGGAAAGGUCGCUGUCCGUCGUUGUUACUGUCAAAGAAAGUGCCUGUUCGAUACGUUCACCACUCUAAGCAAAAAUUACAAACAAUUAUAAUUCGACUAUUAUCCCAACUGCUAUUUACUUCAAGAUAAAAAAAAAAAGGGAGCUUCUGUUGCCUUUCUGCUGCCAGAACGUCGUCGACUAGGUGACCGGUGCAUUCGUGGGACUAUGUGCUGACCAAGGACUAACCUAGGCUGUCUGUGGAGUGUAUGGAAGAACUUCUUCUUCAACCGAAUUUUGGCGACUGUAUUGGGGUGUUAAAGUUGUAGAAGUGUACCCGAAAUCUAAACACAAUCGGUAUAGUAGUCGUACAAUUUAUUAUUUGUAAAAGUGGCGACCCUGAGCUCGCGCAGGAUGUGGUGGGGCGGUAGCUCCUCUCAGCCAAGAGUGUACAUGAAGCCGCCCGGAGUACCAAUCGCGUCCGAAUGUCCGAUCGGAGGCCCUGGAUCCACCGGGGCCCCGUCUGGACCACCUUCUCCCGAUUCCCCACCAUCAAGUACACCGGCUAACGACUCGCCUGCACUCAAAGUUGAGGUGGACAACGCUUGGAGAAUGGAUGAUGACGUUCUAACGUGCGGCGUGUGCUACCAGCGGUUCGCGUUGGUUGACAUACUGCGUUUCAUCGAGCACAAAAUGCAUAACUGUAGUAACAAGGAAAAUAGCACUGCGAAAAAAUCGUUUGGUGUCGCCCUGCACAGCCUUCCUCAGGGCGUACUGUCUGGCCUUAAUGCGCUUACUAACCUUUCAAGUUUGUCCACGAUGUCCGGUUCGACGCAUUCGCCCCAGUCGCCUACUGGUUCGACGGCAGGAUCUGGCCUGGGCGACGGCGAUUCACGACCCUUGAGUCCGCGAGGCGUCAAGCGAACCCGCGACGACGACUCGCGAGCCCCCUCACCACGCGAGAAGGCCAAAAGUAGUUCAGCUGCCUCUGCAACCGCCGUGGACAACAACAAAUCAGUCCUCGCCGAUGCAGAUACGAACACCUCAUCUACUGAGCCUAGCAGUUAUACGUGCUUCACGUGUAAGCAGACGUGUGCGUCAGCGUGGCUGCUUGUGCAGCACGCGCAAUCUGCGCACGGCUUAAGAAUCUGCUCAGAUUCGGUGUCAUCACAAGGACCUAUGGGUCCUCUCAACCUACCCAUUGGUUCGAGCUUUCCACUUCUCCGCAGCUCUUCACCUCUGGGCGCCCCGCUCGACCUCAAGGCUGGCGGCUCAUCACCUCGUCCUCCUCAACCUGCCGGCCUCGACCACGGCGACUUCUACUCGCAGCGGCUCCGACAGCUCGCUGGCGCUUCGUCCCCUAACGCUGCCAUCGCUGCUCUAAGCACGCUUGCAAGCAAUGGAAAGGCUUUGCCUCUGUCACUUGACGCACGUCUGCCUGAUGCGGCGUCGGUUUCGCCCAAGUCGUUUUCAAACGCUCUCAACUCCAUCAAGGACAUUAGCAUCACAGAACCCAAAGUAUUCAGCUGUAGCCUGUGCAGUUUCGAGUGCGAGAAAGAGUCGCGACUGCAAAAACAUAUGAAGUCGCAACACGACAGCGAGCUAACCCGUAAAGACGUUUCAUCGUUAUCUGAUGUUAUUAUGCCGGACCGCACGAACGAGACGACCAAUAGUGCUAAGGAUCGAUUGGUUGAAGCAACCGACGUCAGCGCUGUCGACACAAAUGCUGCCCUCAAAGAUAGCGUCGGCAGUAUUAGCAGCAAACAUGACAGCGUGACGGGCCUCAGCAUUUCGCUCGUUAAACGGGAACAGCUAGCAAACAAGCUGUUAAAUCCGAGUCUGAGCAACAACCCCUCGGUCGUUCCGACCAAUUUAAAGGGUCGAGUUGCUGCGGUGGUUGCGGCAGCAGCCGCUGUCUCCGCUGCAUCUGCACCAUCUGUGGCGUCGGCAUCAGCCGAUGAUUGCGACACCGAAGAAGAUGAGGUGGAUGAAGUGGAAGAAGCGGAAGAAGAUGACGAGGACCACGAGGACGAACUGGAUGAGGACGAGCUGGACGAUGAAGAAGAGCACGACGGCCUGCCGCUCGCCCGUCACCACCACCGUAUCCGCCUAAACCUCAAACACAAGGGAUCAUCUCGAUGUCGCGAAGGAUCUGCAGCUCCUGUGAACGGAGACUGUGUCGCCCAAGACCUCACCGUGCGGGGCCCGAGCUCUUCGUCUUCGACGACUCCGGUGCCCCCAUCGCUCUCACCCCCCAAGACAACAACAUCGUCAACUACGACUACCUCGGUGGCCCCCGCGGCCCCGCCAACAACGGCCGCCGACCAUUCAGCGAUGGCGCACAUGAUCGCAGCUGCCGGCCUGAGGAAGUCCCUUCUCGGAGAAGUCAUGGAGAAGAUUGGCCUUACCAAUAUCCAGCAGUACUCGGAGGCCUACAAACAGGCUCUCGAGGAACGGCCCAGUUCUGCGGCUUCGUUCGUAAACGGAGGAAGCCCCAGCUCAGUGAACUCGUCGUUGACGGAGCGGUCCUCGUCGGCAGCCAAACUGGACGGGGCGUCAGCUGAGGCGCUCUACCCACUGUGGACGAUGCAGGGGCUCGGGCCGGCGGCGCGCGACCUCUACGGCGGGCUCGGAGAGAGCAGCCCGUUCAGCCGAGGCGCGAAGGAUCUGCUUAGCAGUCUGCCCUUCUCGCCGCUCAGGGGACACCCCGCCGCCUCGAGUGCCUCCAUGGUGCCCUUUCUCGCUGGCACCAAGCCGCCCCGGGGGGAGAGACGCAACGACACUUGCGAAUUCUGUGGAAAGGUUUUCAAGAACUGCAGCAACCUGACCGUGCACCGACGCUCGCACACGGGUGAGAAGCCCUACAAAUGCGAGCUGUGUUCCUACGCCUGCGCGCAGAGCUCCAAGCUGACCAGACAUAUGAAGACACACGGACGGAUCGGCAAGGAUGUAUACCGCUGCCGUUUCUGUGACAUGCCGUUUUCCGUGCCCUCGACGCUGGAGAAGCACAUGCGGAAGUGCGUCGUCAACGCGACCUCAAACGCCGUCUCCGCGAGCCAAAUGGCUGAUCUAAACUUCCCUCUCGGUAGGUUCAACACGUUGCAGGGUAAACAGGCUUACGCAGCUCGUGACCGCCCCCGCAAUGUUAACAGACCACAUGCUUCAACUAUUCGCCUCAUAAACCGAUCAACUAGAUUGCUAUAAACUAACGCUCGUUCGUUAAUCAUCGUUACCAUCAUCAAACAAAGAAGAAAAACAAACCCGAUUUUUCAGUCUAGGCAAACAACCCUAUACCUCAACACAACUAACCAGCCAACUUGUAACGCUAACGUGGGGCAGAACGGCUCGUCAUACACCGCAGUAAUAUCCAUCUGCUGAAAUCAUCUACAUUAAUAACACUUUCAACACAGGAUGGUAUCUCAACGUUUCGUCUAUCUCAACCAGCUGCUACUGCUGAUGAUGUCAUCUAUGAUGUUUGUGAUUCGAAGAGGCGGGGAAAACCAGAGAUCGGUAAGCGACGCAACAUCCGCUAGCUAGGGAGCUCGGCAACGGGUGAGGUUGAUGCCCACCGAAGGUUCGGGACCAAGCUUUCUAUGGCCAACCCUCUGCAAACGAAGGACUUGGACACCCCCUGGCCUAUUUCGGAGCCCUCACACCGACGCUGAGAUAUACCUUAAAGGAAAUUUCCACAACAUGAAACGUGUCGUCUGCAAGCAACAACGUAAAUUAAAGAAUACUGAAUACUGCUUCAGCAACAAUGGUAAAUAACAACCGCAAGUGGACACAACUUAUUCAGUGCGUCAAUAACGUAUACAAGUACGUAUAUGGCUAUGUGUUGGAUUUUACACGAGGCAAUGGCUUUCGAUUUGAGCAGUUUGGCCAAUUCUUUGUCAAUAGCCGAGUGGCGAGGCUUAAAAUCCCACAGAAGUAACCAGCCAUCUACCCUGUGUAAGCUGAUUAUGGUCGGAGUUACCGCGCGUGCGAUAUACAUAUAGAUUUGUAUGAAAAUUAGUUAGAGUUACUACUUACCUACGAAGUAUAUAUAUAUAUAUAUAUAUAUAUAUAUAUAUAUAUAUAUAGUAUAAUGUGAAUCAAGUCGGAGACAAAGGGCAAACAGAGAGAAAUAUCAUUCUGAAACUAGGAUACCCGUGGGUGGACAAACUAAUUAUAUCGAAUAGUGAAGGGCCACCUUAUUAGUUGGGCAUCGACUUACAAUUAUAGGCAACUUGGCAGGUUGCUCGUAUUCGUCACGAUGUCAAAAAAUUAGUUUUCUGUUGUAAAAUGAGUGAAUAAAAAGUGGAACUAUAUAUGUGACUGUGUGAAUACGUGAGUUUGCGAGGCCCGCGCGACCAUGAAUUUAAUCGCGAGAUGAUAUAGAGCUGAAAGCAUGAGAGUAUGGGUAAGUGGUGAGAGCUGCGUAUUUCAACCUCUAGCGGGGUCGUGUAUAUCACGCCGUCGUAACUGCGCUACAAUUUAAUGGAUUUACGUAGUUCUAAAUAUAACAAUGAUGAAAUGGCUUCCUUGAUUGACUAUGAUAACGACGACGACGAUGAUGAUGACAACGCUAAUAAUGAAUCUAGCGAUGAUGUACAGAAUAAUCAGCCUACUAAGCUUCCCCAUCCUCUUCUAUACUGUGCCUGUUACUGCUGCCAUCGGUUCCAAUUCUUCAUUGUACCAUGAUCACUAAUAGCACCACACAAGAGCUCAUUAAUACCGCUACUAUAUAGCACUUCCUGUCUAGCACACACACGUCUGCUGAACAAAUAACGAGAAACAGAUCCAAAACGGUCACUUACCCCAGCCGUAAAAAAUAUUUAUGGAACAACAGAAGUGGAAACAGGACCCCGGUUAAUCAUGUCAUAACCUCCUCGAACGAAACGCCUCAGUCGAACCCUCAGCUCAAAACGUAUGAUUUAAUAGAAUAGCGGAUUUUCGUACAUCUAGUCAUGGGUUGAUCUUGUUCACAACAGGGAAACAGCUAAGUAACAAAUAAGUAAACUAGAAGAGAAACAAAAUCAUUAUUUGAGCUAAGCAAGCUAACGAAUCGAGACGGAUAGAAAGCGCGGUCCUUUUAGCGGUAAAAACAGAGACUGCCGGAUGAAAGUGGAUAAAUUCUCAUAUAUAUAUAUAUAUGGAAAAGAGAUGGAAAUGGAUAUAUAUAUAUAUAUAUAUAUAUAUAUAUAUAUAUAUAUAAUAGAAAACGUGAUCUGAUAUAAAUGGUAUAAACAGCAGAUGAAGUAUGAGGUGAUGGCGUAUAUAAGAAACUGGUAGUGAUGCACUAAACAGGACGAGAGAGAGACAGCGAGAGAGAGAGUGAGUGAGUGUAAAGACGUCGUCGGGGUUUUAAAUGUUUUAUGCUAUGGGAGGAGACGGAAGAGUUGAUGGAGAAUCUGCUAGGAGAUGAAGUGAAGACCAUUGAGAAAGCUCACGGUUGCAUCAUCAUCAUCAUCCUCCUCCUCACAUUGAUUCGUUACUUGUUGAGGAAUACUGCUGUACGGGUGGCUUUCUGGCUAUGUGACUGUGUGCUUAACGAUAGUGUGAACGAAUUAUGACUAAAUGUAUGGAUGAGGUACUAAUACGGAGAAGCGAGUUGACCUCACCACACUCCCACGACAUAACGAUGCCGAUCUGACGGCCCUUAGCGGUACUGAUACGUUAGAAUAAAAUGGGGCAGGCUAAGCUGAGAAAGGGGCAAAAAAAAACCACUGAAACCCUAUUAUUAUUAUUAGUAUUAUAAAAAGAGGGUUCUGAAAGGUAGGCCGAUACCAAAAAAUACAAUGCAUCAAAAAAGGUAACGUGAAAAGAACGAGUUAACUGUGAAUCAAAACAAGGUGAAACACAAAACUGUAGGCGUGCAACUAUAAUACGCCAGAACCUUGAUAAUGAUAUAGAAAUGCGUAAAAAAAAAGCCAAACGCGUCAAACAAAAUAGAAUUAGUAAGGAGUGAAAGUACUUACGAAAUACUGAUACAAUAGACCAUCAAUUGUGCAUUUGUGUAUUGCUGUCGGAAUGUGAUGAACGACUGUAAUUGCACGCACUGCAUAAAUGGUGCCCUCUGAUUUUUCUCCAUAGUGUCACCACCUUCUCUUGUCUGAUUUCGAAGCCUGACACACCUCGCCACGGUACGAAUCAAACGGAAAUAGCUAUGCGUUUGCCGUCUUGUCACUUAUAUGUAAACGGAAGAGAAAGUAUGUAAAAAAAAAAACAAAUUGAAAGUUAAGAACAACUGCAGCGUUUGGCAGCAACGGAAAAAGCCGUCAUGCGUCCUGCUACACUGGAUAAUCCUACUGUCUUUUAUCUCAGAGAACGAUACAAUCGACAAACUUACCAUAGGUCACCUGUAACAAUUCACUGAAAUGCACGUCGAAAUAUCAGUAAACCAAUGACCGAAAUAGAAGUAUAUAGGUAUUCGCAGAGAGUGAGAAAACCGUAGGAGCUAUUGAUCAAUCUAGAUAAUAAUAAUAAUAAUAAUAAUAACGAUGAUGAUGCUUAAAGUGAUUCUAGUAGUAGGAAUACAUCAUCAAUGUCUUUGUUUCUUCCAAGUGGAGCAGCAAAAGACCCAGCGUGACAGGUAGCAAAAAGGAGAUACCAGUCUCCAACAGUUUACAGGGACCGAUCGCUGUAUCGUACGUAACUUAUGAAUGGUGCCAGAAUGGCCGUCUCUCAAACUAACGAAAUUCUCAAGCAAUUCGGUUUCGAGCGUGUGUGUGUGUGUGUGUGUGUGUGUGUGUGUGUAUGGAUACGCGCGUAAGUGUUUGUUUGUAAAUCUAUUUAUCUUCGGCUUUUUCAAAAUUGAAAAAGAAAACCAAUCAUUUACAACACUAAUGACAACACAGAUCGGAAGCAAGAACAAGCAACAUAAAGAAUAAUUUAUAUCGUUUACUGAUAUUGCAUGAAAGCAGCGAGCUCUUUGUUGUCAACCUAAUCGCUGAAAAAUGCUAUGGAUGGCGGUGGCCGACAACAGCAUGAACGAUUACCUCUGCGAUACAAACAGGAACCUAAACUAUAGUUCUUUAGUUAAUAUGUCCACCGACGAACGGGACAAAGAAGAGAACGUGCCAGUGAGCAGAAACCUAUGAUGAUGAUGAUGAUGAUCGCUAGGAAGAGACAUUGAGUGAUAAACGAAAUUACAUAUAACUACAAUUUUUUCUAUUACAACCAUUACCACUAACAUAAUUCUUUGCUAUUAUAAAAAUUAAUAUUAUUAUUAUCGCUCUGUAAAUGACUAUGACGAUAAAUCACGUUCCAUAUGGCCGCUGGGCAGAUGAUCUGUAACGGUCACGGUCCGUGUCGACGCAUUGACAAAAAAACAUCGCUGGUGAAUACCGAUCAUUGCGACUCACUGAUGGCUUAUUGUCCACUGGGCUAAUACUAUUAGCACUAAUCUUCCUCUUUCUCCACGUACAUCUCUUGAGUUGAAAACAACCCGCCACCCCACAUUACUAUCGGUGUUAUCUUCUCUCUCUCUCUCCGUCUAUAUAUAUAUAUAUAUAUAUAAUGAGGAUGAUAAUAUUAAUAAUAAUUCAAAUUUAGUGAUUGAUCUCUGCUGAGGGUCACUAAAUACCAGGGAGCGCCUAGCGUUCUGCCCGAUGGAAAUAUAUAUAUAUAUAUAUAUAUAUAUAUAUAUAUA